UCCCAGUCUCCAGGGUACCGUCCCUUAGCAACAGCCCGGCCCAGCAGGACACACUGCCAACGCUGGGCAGAGCAGGCAGAAGGCAGAAGGCAGGCGGAGCAGCUACCCGGACUCCAGGACAGACGAAGGCCAGGUGAGUGAGCGGGGGCACCCGGCCUGCAGCCUGGUUGCCGAGCGGGAGCCCCUCCAGAUCUCUCUCCCAUCCAGCAGCCCAGGGAGCCCUGACCCAUCAUGGAUGCUGUGGACGCCACCAUGGAGAAGCUCCGGGCCCAGUGCCUGUCCCGAGGGGCCUCGGGCAUCCAGGGUCUGGCCAGGUGAGCUGUCCCCUCACACCUCCCCAACCCCCCGGAUCACUUUCCAACCACGCUCCCUGCCCACGCCCCCUGCCCCCAGGUUUUUCCGCCGCAUGGACCGGGACAGGAGCCGGUCCCUGGACGCAGGGGAGCUCCAGCGGGGCCUGGCCGAGCUGGGGCUGGUGCUGGACACAGCCGAGGCGCAGGGCGUGUGCAGGCGCUGGGACCGUGACGGCAGUGGGACGCUGGACCUGGAGGAGUUCCUGCGGGCACUGCGGCCCCCCAUGUCCCAGGUCCGGGAGGCAGUCAUCACAGCCGCGUUCGCCAAGCUGGACCGCAGCGGGGACGGCGUGGUGACUGUGGAUGACCUCCGGGGGGUGUACACCGGCCGCGCCCACCCCAGGGUGCGGAGCGGGGAGUGGACGGAGGAGGAGGUGCUCCGCCGCUUCCUGGACAACUUUGACUCCUCCGAGAAGGACGGGCAGGUCACGCUGGCCGAGUUCCAGGACUACUACAGUGGCGUGAGCGCCUCUGUGGACACGGAUGAGGAGUUUGUGGCCAUGAUGACCAGCGCCUGGCAGCUGUGAGCGGUGCACACCCACUCGGCUGGCACCAUGCAGCGAAGCCAGGCAGCGCCCGGGUGGGGAAGCAAACUGCUCUUCUGUGACGCAAGGCUCUGCACGGAGCGGCCGGUCUUGGAAGGCAGCCAAGCUUGGUCACCUGCCCAGGUGUGGAGUGCGGGGCAAGCCAGGCUGCUGAGGAACCGUUCCUGGCCAGGUUGCCUGGCUUCCUGAGGCCCCUGGGGCAUGCGGGAGGCCAGAGUUUUAGUUAAAAGUUUUAAUGUAGUUCCCAAAUACAUUUCAUAUGACAAUCUUACAUAAAUGUUCCA